CCCCCUCUCCCUCAGAGCAGCAGCAGUAGCUGCUGCAACUCUGGCAGAUCAUCUGGGAAAGCACGGAAAGUGAAAAGAACUUGGCUAUCAUCUUAACUUUUUUCAAGGGAUUAAUUUCACCUGCGUUUCCUGUUUGCCCUGUAGAUGCUGGUUCUUUUUAAUUCAAGAUGUGGGAAGUUAUUUCAAGUUUAAAACCACACGGAAAUGCUUUUUUGGUCUGGGCUUUCUCCCCCCUCUGUUUUUUUUUUCUCUUUUUGACAAGUAAGAAAAUUGUGAAGUGAGCAGGAGAGAGAGCGAGAGGGAGAAGACGUUUUCAUUCUUUUAGUGCAAUGGACUGAGGCAAAAAGGCCAUUAUAAUGGUAAAUCGCACACAGAAAGGAAGAAAAGACUGAUAAUCAAUCACAAAUGAAGCAUUCGUUCGGAAUUUGGCAAUUCCCUGACCAGUGGUUUUAAGCCUACAGCGUUUCCCCCCCACCCCUUUACUCCAAUUUACGUCAAACACACAGGUUUGAAAUAUUAAGGGCAGGAAGAAUAAUUUGCAGAAAGUUAUCAUGCCAAGGAAUACUUACAAUGGGAAAGACACAAUACUGAAAAGCCGGCAAGGGCUCAGUGAGCGCUGAGGGAAAAGCAACAUGCUGAAAUGCUGGCAUGAAGACUUUUCAACACAGGAUCCUGGACUUCAACUCAGAAGAGAAACUUGCUGUGUCAGAAGCCUCUCCCCAAACCACCGAGGGUCUCACAUGCUUCAGGAUGACUUAUAGUGGACUUGGGGGAAGUUCAGCUUGUUCUGAAUCUUCUGUGAUUGUUUCGGUGGGACCUGCGGCUGAAUGAGUAUGUGGUGAUAAAGAUGAGGAUGCUAGACAACGCUGCCCCUAGCAUAGCCUCUUCAAGGUCUGGCAUGACCUAUAAGGAAAGAUACAUUUAUCUGGAGGUGUUGCUUCAAGGAGGCGCUCCAUGGGGAUUCACUCUGAAAGGUGGACUUGAACACGGGGAACCAUUAAUCAUCUCCAAGAUCGAAGAAGAGGGGAAAGCAGCCUCGCUGAGCUCCAAGCUGCGGGCAGGUGACGAGGUGGUGAACAUCAAUGAGGUGGAGCUGAGCAGUUCCCGGCGGGAGGCCAUCUCGCUGGUGAAGGGGUCCUACAAGACGCUGAAGCUGAUCAUCCGCAGGGACACAUGCGCAGCCAAGGAGUACGCUGACCUGCCAGCUUCCCACUCACUCAGUACAGAGUGUAUCCCCACUGACCUGCAGCUCAGCAAACCAGCAUGGGCAGGAGGAGUUAAACCACGGCUGAAGAACAGGCGGGCUGAACUUGUGGGCCGACCCCAUUCCUGGCAUUCAACCAAGUUCAUCGAGAUCCAGCCCGAUCCCAGCAUGAUGCAAAUAUCUCAGGGCACGCUUGGCACUCCCUGGCAUCAGACCUACCAUUCCAGUUCCUCGACAAGCGAUCUCUCUGGCUAUGACCAUGGCUAUCUGAGGAGAAGCCCUGACCAGUACAGCUCGUGGGGCAGCAUGGAGACCUUGGACCACACUCCCUCUGGCUAUCACCCUUGCCACCUCUCCCCGGCCAAGUCCACCAACAGCAUCGACCAGCUUGCCCAACUCCACAGCAAGAGGGACUCCGCCUACAGCUCCUUCUCCACCAACUCCAGCAUCCCCGAGUGCCCGGCGCCUGCCUUCUGCAAGGAGCGCUCCUUCUCCAUGGACAACGUCUACUCCCGAGGCAGCCCGCAGGAGGAGAUGAGGCAGGCCGACAUCAGGUACGUCAAGACGGUCUACGACGCCCAGCGAAGGGUCUCUGAGGAGUACGAGGUGAACUCCUCCGCGCUGCGUCCGGAGGGCCGGGCGCAGACAGAAGGCCGCAGCUACAGCAGGUUGCCUGGUUACAGCCGGUACAGCGGAGUCCCCUUCUGGGGCCAGCAAAAGAGGAGCUCCUCUGACAGUGAGGGUCAGCACCCCAAGGGGGCCCCCCAUCCCCCAACGCGCAGCGACAGCUAUGCCGCAAUAAGGCAGCAGGAGAGGCCCAGCUCCUGGUCCAGCCUCGAUCCGCAUAAGCCGUGUCGCGCUCAGCCAAAGGGAGCCUGGCCUCCGCCCACCGGCACUGGCUCCCUGGGGAAGGGACAGCUGCUGAAACCCGUGUUUGUGGAAGGGCAGCUGCACACUGUGGUGGAGAAGAGCCCCGAGAGCAGCCCCAAAGUGAAACCUAAGCAGAGCUAUUCCCAGGCCAGCCAGCCAGGACAGCCUUUGCUGCCUACCGGCAUCUACCCCGUACCUUCCCCCGAGCCACACUUUGCCCAGGUGCCCCACUCUUUGGCAAACAAUAAUGGGAUGCUUUAUCCAGCUCUGGCCAAAGAGAGCGGAUAUGCUCCACCCCUCCCGGCCACGUGUGAGCAGGCCUGCAGCCAUUCCGGCAUGGACGAGAAUGGAAACAGACUGUCCGUCUUCUAUCGGCCAGACCACAGGCCACCGGCUGCGGAGAAAAAGCCAGAAGCAGCCACGAAAUUCAUUCAGUACAGACCUCAUGGCCCAUUGAGCCUGGACGUCCAUUCGACCCCUUCCCAAAAGGACAAGUCAGGCUCCCUUGGGGUGACAUCGCAUGGCAUCGGCACGAGCAAUGCCCAGCACUUGAACCACAAUUCCCAGCCCCCGCAGGCCUGCUGGAGGGAGGCCAGUGAAAGCAAAGCUCUCUCCCACCCCAAGGAGUACUGGCUGGCCGAGUUGCAGGAGGACAAAAAUGCUAACCUGCAAAGAAGCGAGAGAGACCACAAUCAGGGGCCUUACAGUAGGGCCAAGCAGCUGGGCUUUUCGCCCAUGCAGAACAGCCUGGAGCUGAAGGAGAGGCAACCGUGCGAGGGCUAUUCGGAUGCCAAACUGUCCUUCCCGGCUCGCGGUAAUAAAGCAGAGAAGGACCAAAGAGGGCAGGGCUGUGAGCAGAGGAACGAUUUGGACAGACAGGCCCUCGUCCAGCGCAAGGAUGAACCUACCGGCACGGCACCUUUCCACGGUGCUGAGCCGACGUACGAGGAGCCCCCUUCUCUGCAGCACCCAAAGGCCUCCGAUGUCAGCAGGAGCAGGCUAAGCUCCGGCAGCGCCCAAAGCCUCCAGCCCAGGAAGCUGGAUUCCAGCAAGCCCCACUGUUCCGUGCUGGAGAAGGUCAGCAAGAUAGAGCAGCGUGAGCACGGCAGUCAGAGGCCCCAGGGCAUGAGUGUGCCCAGCUUUGGCCAGAACUAUGGACCCAGUCGGCCCAGCCAACCCCCCGGUGCCAGGUGCUCUCUUCACAGCACAGAGGAUGUAUGGAGCAAGUCCAGCGCCCAGGAGCACAGCCAGCCACUCGGCGACCCGGGCGUGGGCUCUGAGAAGCCGCCGUGCGUGCAGCAGGCCAGCAGGAACAGCAGCCCGAAGCUUGAGGAGUGCGAUUGGCGCCCUGUGGAGCAGCAGAUGGUGGCCACAGCAAGCCCGGUCCAGCAGAGCGAGUGCUACGCUCUGACAAGGAGCAGAAGCACGUUCCAGCUGAUGUCUGAGCCAGAGAAGGAAAUCCUGUGGAGGGAUCACGUCCAAGGUGCUCCUGGCUCACAGCUGGAGACCUCCUUCAGCAGGGACUACAGAAACAGCAUUAAAGACGCUCAGUCCAAGGUCCUCAGAGCCACGUCGUUCAGGCGCAAAGACCUCGACAUCGGCCCGCCCUUUGGGAGCAAACCCAAGAGGAGUGCCCAGAGGCCAGCCUCGGCCCACAGUGGGAUGAGGAGCACUGCCACCUCCCCUCACGUCCCCAAGGAGAGGCACAGCAUCACUCCUACGCAGACCAACCUCCCGACCUUGGACUGCAUGGAGCAGGAGAGCCCCGCGGGGCUACAGCACGUGUCCCGCAUCGGAGGCAGGAGGAGGCUGACGGCGGAGCAGAAGAAAAGGUCCUACUCCGAGCCAGAGAAAAUAAACCAAGUGGGCAUCUCAGACCACGAGCCCUCGUCCGUCUCCCCACAAAAGAAAGGCCUUCAUUUCAUCUUCCCGGAGAACACAGUGGCCGACCGGCGCAAGAUCUUUGAGCAGGAGAGCAAAGCUCGCUCUACCAUCAACCUGUCCAAGCCGGAGCUGAAGCAGCUGCAGCAGAACGCGCUCGCGGACUACAUCGAACGCAAAACGGGGAAGCGGCCUUCUCAAGAUGCUGGGGUCCUGAGAGAGCCCUCCCAAAGCUCCUGCCUGCAAGCCAGUGGCCUGGAUAGCCAGAGCCUCUCCUCCGCCUCCAGCAUGAAUUCGCUCCAGGAUCAGAAGCAUUACCGCCGGAGAGAGUCACUAGAGCAGGUCUCUAGAACAGGCCGGGUCUCCUCCACCCUCCCUCCCGGGCUCACGGGCUGCUUUGAUCUCAACGGGUUUGAGCCAAAGAAAGGGCACCAGGAAGGCAUCAGCAGCAAUUCCUUUGCAAGCCACUUUCACACAGACAAACGCCGAGAUUACCGAGCCAAACUGGAGCCCCUGAGAAGCUCUCAGGCUGGUCAGCGUGGCUCGCGUGGCCAAGUCCUCUACAGGAUGGAGGAACGGGCCUUCGAAAACCCCUCGUUACCUGGGAAAUCUGGGAAAUCGGUGUCUGCUGAAGACUUGCUUGAUCGAUCUGACCACCAGUCAGUCCCGGUGCACGUGCGCUCCAGGUCCUCUCCGACAGCCGACAAGAAACACCAGGACUUGCUGACAGGGGAAAGCAGUGAAUUUGGCCACUUGGUGACUAAUCCUUCUUCCAUGGUUGGCACAGACGACAGGUCCUUCCUCCAUACGAAAAGAAGCCACCCAGAAAGGCCAACAAUCCCAAAUUAUUAUCCCCAUCCUCCUCGUAAUGACCUCACAAGCGCCUCCACUCUGAAUGAGAGCCAUCAGGCCUCAGAACCUCCCGGGCACAUCAGCAGGACUCAGAGGUGUGUGUCAUCGCCAACAGACUUGAAGAAUCAUUCUUCUGACCCUAAGCAGGGCACCAGACCUGUGCUCCUCAACCUUAUUUCUUCUGGAUCUGCCCAGUCCUUCUCCAGGGCUGCUCAUCUCACUCAGUCUUCCUCAGACCUGCUGGCGGCUCGGCACGGCCUGGCAAUGGGGCAGCGCGCCAAACUAGACGCCGUGCCCCAUGACGGCAAUAACAACAGUCAGGCCCGGUCUCCGUACCGCGAUGACAGCUCCCCUGAGGACGCGGCCGAAGAAGCGAUGCAGAGAAGGGCCGUGCUGCCUCAGAAACGCCCCCCGCCAAAAGUGAAAUGGGCUCAUUCGGUCAAUGAUGACAGCUUCCCAAAAGGCCUGGCGUCUUCUCAGGUGUCCGGGCAGAAGCUCUUUCAGCGGGGGCAGAGCCUGCCGACCCAAAGCAGCACUUCCUCCGACUCAGAGACUCCGCCUCCCUAUGGGAAGGUCUCUCUGCGGAUCUCCGAGUCUGGCCUUCAGCUAAGUCCCCCACCGGGCCUGCCGGAGUUCGGCGACGACGAGGUGUUUAUCAAGGACUCACAGCCCGGUGCUGCAGGGGCUGCAUUGAAACUCUCCCCCCCGCCACCUCCGCCUCUUCCUGAGCUGAGCUCCAACACGUUCUCCAGCGACGCAGAGGAGUUUCCAUCGCCUCCUCCCUUGGCUGCCUGUGAGGCAGGUGGGGCAACAGGAGACAAAUCCACCAGGCUUACAGAAGAGGCCAAAACAAGCAGCUUCGGCAGGUUUCCCAAGAGUCUGGCUGCCAGGGAGAAGUCAGAGUUGAGGUCCAUCAGUAGGGACAGCCACUUGGGCACUUCCCUAUCUGUCGGGAGCACUGAGUCAAAGCAGACUAGCUCUCCCACCUCCUUGGAUGCCCUGCACCACUCGCCUGCUGCUCCAGGGGAGCCCCCUCAAUCUGAAAAACAGACUCUAGCACGACUCGGUGGCAGCUUGAAAGAGCCAGACGUCCAGGGGAGGGAUACGGAAGAUGGUGGCCUCAGUCCCGGGUCUCAGGGCGCAGCCAUUCAAGCGAAGAAGAAGAAGACCCCAGAGGAGAUUAAGUCAGAAGCUCUGGCCAAGGAGAUUGUCCAAAGGGAUAAGUCACUAGCUGAUAUCCUAGAUCCCGAUGCCAAAAUGAAGACAACCAUGGACUUAAUGGAAGGGAUCUUUCCCAGGGGAACCAGCUUGCUGAAAGAGAACCACUUGAAAAGGAAGAUGAUGCAGAAAGCCAGCAGGGUGGGGCCUGAGGAUGACAGGAGAGAGGAAAAGGAAGCUGCUGUAACUUUGAUCACCUGCCCUGCUUACUAUAACAUGUCGGCACCCAAAGCAGAGCUGUUGAAUAAAAUCAAAGACUUGCCAGGAGAUGUGGACAAGGAAGAGGAGCAGCUGGACAUCAAUGAGAAGAAGGCGGAGCUCAUCGAAAGUUUGACCCGCAAACUGGAGAUUUUGAAGGAAGCUAAGGAGAGCCUGCUAACCGACAUCAAGCUGAAUAACGCCCUGGGAGAGGAGGUGGAGGUGUUGAUCAGCGAGUUAUGCAAGCCCAACGAGUUUGACAAAUACAAGAUGUUCAUAGGAGAUCUGGAUAAAGUGGUGAACCUCUUGCUUUCCCUCUCAGGGCGCCUGGCCCGGGUAGAGAACGUUUUGAGUAGCCUCGGUGAAGAUGUGAAUACUGAAGAGCGGAGCUCUCUGAAUGAGAAGAGGAAACUGCUGGCUGGCCAGCAUGAGGAUGCCCGGGAGCUGAAGGAGAACCUGGACCGGCGGGAACGCGUGGUCUGGGACAUCUUGGGCAAUUACCUCUCGGAGCAGGAGCUCCAGGACUACCAGCACUUUGUGAGGAUGAAGUCCGCACUUCUCAUAGAGCAGCGGGAGCUGGACGACAAGAUUAAACUGGGUCAGGAACAGCUCAAGUGCCUGGCGGAAAGCCUCCCCACGGACGUCAUUCCCAGGGACACGGCAGCAGCCAGCCCCGGCCACAGCAGCAGCUACCCCCCUCGGAAUCAGCAGUAGUUUACCUGCACCGUCAGCCUCUUCACUUUAACCUUUCCCCGACAAGCCUCCUGUGAAACUCUUCUGCUUGAGUUUAUUUAAUCAGAGAACUUUUGGAAGACCUCUCCACAAUUACAAUUGGGUGAUGGGUUUAACAAGAAAACCCAAGGAAGGAAAAAAUUGGUAAUAAAUUCUUUAUUUUCCUUCCCCUAUCCCAGUGCCCUGAGAGCUCACUAGGCAAACUUAAUCCAGCCUGGCUCAUGCAAGAGGGAGGUGAACAGUUUCUCUUCCUACCAGGUACGAGAAGGAGGCACUUAUUUUUGAAUGGGCCGGCUCAUCAUGAACAAGCGUGUCAUCUUCCGUAACAUGGCACGGUCGCCUCUGCGCUCCCGGCCUCCUCCCACACACACACCUCAAUCAGAGUGAGGCACCCGCAUUAAAUAAUGAAGAAUCUGAAUGAAGAAAGCCUUAAAAAUAAAACCGACCCAUGAUACGCCUGAACGUUAUUGAUAUUUAUAUUUUUUUAAUAACAAGACAGAAUGUGUAAGUUUUUGUACAUAUGCUACUCAGUAACGUGGGUCUUGGCUCUGUACCUAGAAAAUGCAUUUAAUUUUGUAUGUCGUGAAAACGUAACAAAAAGAGGAAUCUCCAAAGAUAGUCACACCCUAGCUUGGAGCAUCUUUUCGGGGGCUUUUUACAUAAAUAAAGGGCUACCAGAAAAA